AUGAAGCGCUCGUUUGAAGAACCGAUUCCGAAGCAGGACGUCAAAAGAAAACCGGUCGUUACCAAAGCACCACUCAGAGACCUGGCUGAUGAGUCGAGUCUAUCGCGAUCGAAGUUGCAAGGAUCUUCCGAGUUGGAGUGUGAAGAGACUUCGACAGCAGUCAAACGUCUGUCUCGAGUGACAGUACCCAAACGACCGGCCCAACCACCAAAGGAAGAGCCUCCUGCAGUGGAACCGGCAGAACCGCAACCGCUGCAAGCAGAAGAAGUCACAGCUCAGGAAACAUCGUUACGAGUAGCUCGAACACCGGCUGAAUCGAUGACUUCAAUGCCCAUCGAGACUGAGCAAGUCACUACAGCACGACCAAUGAGUUACACUCCUGUUACACCGAUGGGCACCGAAUUGGACGUCACAGCUGCAGCUACAUCGCCUGAACCGACUCGUAUCCGCACAGGAACAAGGAAAUUGCCAGAAAUUGAACCGAAAAGUGCAGGUCCAUCUGAAAUGGGAUCAGAUAUGCCUAAAGAACCUGCUACAAAAAGUGCGGCUCCUUCCGAAAUGGGUCCUGAUUCAGCACCGCCAAGCCUUAUGAAAUGA